AUGAGUGAAGAUCUGAAGGUUAACAUAAGCUGGCUGCCUCGGGAUCAUGUAGAUGCCAGCUCUCCGGAGAAUAUUUCCGCUGCGACCUCCUCCCCGAUUCCGGUUCUAGAGCCCCAGCCCCAGCUUCUAGUAAACCCUUGGGAUAUUGUUCUCUGUACGUCGGGAACCCUUAUCUCGUGCGAAAAUGCCAUCGUGGUACUUAUCAUCUUCCACAACGCCAGCCUCAGAGCCCCUAUGUUCCUCCUCAUUGGCAGCCUGGCCCUGGCAGACCUAUUGGCAGGUGUUGGAUUGAUCGUCAAUUUCAUCUUUGCGUAUCUCCUGCAGUCCGAAGCUGCCAAACUGGUCACGGUUGGACUCAUCGCUGCCUCUUUCUGUGCCUCUGUCUGCAGCUUGCUCGCUAUCACUGUCGAUCGCUACCUGUCCCUCUACUACGCUUUGACGUAUAACUCGGAAAGGACUGUCACCUUCACCUACGUCAUGCUCGUGUUUCUUUGGGGAGCCUCUACCUGCGUGGGACUCCUGCCUAUCAUGGGCUGGAAUUGCCUUAAGGACGAGUCGACGUGUAGCGUUAUCAGGCCUCUUACAAAGAACAACGCUGCAGCUCUCUCUGUUUCUUUCCUGCUUAUGUUCGCCUUAAUGUUGCAACUCUACAUCCAGAUCUGUAAAAUAGUCAUGAGGCAUGCACACCAAAUUGCUUUGCAGCACCAUUUCCUGGCUACGUCCCACUACGUCACCACGCGGAAAGGAGUCUCCACGUUGGCCAUUAUUUUGGGGACCUUUGCCGCUUGCUGGAUGCCUUUCACCCUGUAUUCUUUAAUAGCUGAUUACACGUAUCCUUCCAUAUACACGUAUGCCACGCUUCUUCCAGCGACGUACAACUCCAUCAUCAACCCUGUCAUUUACGCCUUCAGGAACCAAGAGAUUCAAAAAGCACUUUGGCUCAUCUGCUGCGGUUGUAUCCCACCCAGUGUGUCUCAGAGGGCAAGAUCGCCUAGUGAUGUCUGA